GAUCGCUCAUCAGACAACAAAGAAAAGGAAGAAGACGAAGAAGAAGAACAAGAGCUAAAGAAGCCAUUCACGCCCCCCCCCCUCUCUCUCUCUCUCUCUCUCUGCAGUUCCGCCAUUAAAGCGCUCACGCCCUCCCACACGAGAAAGCAAUCACCCAACCAAGAAAAGCUGUAGCUCCCCUCCCCGCACCUUUCACGCACACCCACAUCCCAUCACCCCCCCCCUAACUCUUUAUUAGCUCCCCCUUCUUCUCUACUUCAGGAACUCAAACAAGGAAAGCAGAGGGCGAUGACGACGACGAUGGAGUGCCACUGCUUACUGAGACCUCGCCGCCUCUUGUUGGUCUCAUUGUGGUCGAUGGUGUUGGCGUCGGCGGGCGUGGUGGGGAUUCUUGACCCGGUGGACUUCCUGGCGCUGCAGGCGAUCCGGAAGGGCCUCGAGGACAUGCCCGGGUCGAGCUUCUUCGCGGCAUGGGACUUCACCGCCGACCCCUGCACCUUUUCCGGGGUCUUAUGCGACGGGGACCGCGUGGUGGCGCUAGCUCUGGGCGACCCCCGCGCGGGCUCCCCGGGUCUCCAGGGCCGCCUCGAUCCCGCCCUCGGCCGCCUCUCCGCCCUCGCCGAGCUCUCCCUCGUCCCCGGCCGCGUCACGGGCCCCGUUCCCGACGCCCUCGCCCGCUGCUCCGAUCUCCGCUUCCUCGCCCUCAGCAAGAACCUCCUCUCCGGGCCCAUUCCUCCCACCCUCGGCGCCCUCACCCACCUCCGCACCCUCGACCUUAGCUACAACCAGCUCACCGGCCCCGUCCCCACGGCCUUCGCCGCCGCUCCUGCCCUCUCCAACCUCAUCCUCUGCCACAACCAGCUCUCCGGGCCCCUCCCGCCCUUCCCGGACUCCUCCAGCGCCCUCCUCCGCCUCGACCUUAAGCACAACCAGCUCUCGGGCCCCGUGCCGCCUCUGCCGCCGUCCCUACAGUACCUCGCCCUCGGCUCCAACGCGCUCACCGGCGCCGUGGACGCCGUCCUCCCCUGCCUCACCCGCCUCAACUUCCUCGACCUCAGCUCCAACCAGCUCCAGGGCCCCAUCCCCGGGAGCGUGUUCGCGCUCCCGCUCGCGAAGCUCCAGCUGCAGCGGAACGCCUUCUCCGGGCCGGUGGCGCCCGAUGGGGACGUGAUCAUCCCGGUGGUGGACCUGAGCUACAACCGGCUGUGGGGGCGCCUGCCGCCGCAGCUGGCCGCAGUGGGGCGGCUCUACCUUAACAACAACCGGUUCACCGGUGAGGUGCCCAGCCGGCUGGUGCAGGGGCUCACCAACGGGAUGCAGCUGCUCUACCUCCAGCACAACUUCCUCACCGGGCUCGAGAUCGGCCCUGCGGCGGCGGCCACCAUCCCGGUGGGGGCGUCGCUGUGCCUGCAGUACAACUGCAUGGCACCGCCCUUCGACGCACCUUGUCCGCUCAAGGCCGGCAAUCAGAGGAUGCGCCCCGUCGACCAGUGUCCCGACUGGAGAGGCUAAUGGCUUUCGCCGCCGCCGCCGCCGCCCGAGAAGGAGACGAAGUAGAAAAGAAGUCCUUUUUGUGUAAACGUUGACAACAUUCUUUGAUUAGUUUUGUGAGUUAAGGUUUAGGUUGAAGUACUAAUGAUGCAAUGUAGACUGUCAGUUGAGCUCAA